CACAAAACCUGCUCCCAUUUCCUGCUACAUUCUACUGGUUUCUCAUUCUUCAAUAUUACUCCACAAUAUAAAGAAAAUGAUAAAAACCAUGGGUACUUUUUAUGCUCCAGCAAUGAAAAAUCUGCUGCUGCUAGUCUUAGCUCUCAUAAUGUCAUCCGGCAUCACAAGUGUUUUAGCACAGAGCAUAGAGGAUCCCUCUUCCUCCCCAUUUCCUCCUAACUUUUUCUAUGGCACUUCUUCAUCUUCUUACCAGUACGAAGGAGCUUAUUUAACUGGUGGUAAAGGCCUAAGCAAUUGGGAUGUUUUUACACAUAAACCAGAAAAUGUUGUGGAUGGAAGUAACGGAGAUGUUGCUGUCGAUCAAUACCAUCUCUAUCAGGAAGAUGCAAAUCUAUUGAAAUCUUUGGGAGUAAACAGUCACAAGAUUUCCAUAUCAUGGUCUCGCGUCCUGCCAAGUGGGAGACAUGGAGAUAUUAACUCAGACGGGAUCAACUACUACAAAAAUCUCAUUAAUGCCCUCCUGGAAAAAGGAAUCGAACCUUUUGUAACCAUUAAUCAUUACGACCUCCCACAAGAACUUGAGGACAAAUAUCAAGGUUGGUUGAGCCCAGAGUUACAGGAAGAAUAUGCACAUUUAGCGGAUGUGUGCUUCAAGAAUCUUGGAGAUGGUGUGAAGUAUUGGAUUACCUUUAACGAGCCGAAUGCGUGGAUACGGAUGGCUUACCGGACGGGACAGUGGCCCCCAAAUAGAUGCUCACAACCACACGGGAACUGUAGUGAAGGAGAUGCUGUGCGGGAGCCAUUGCUUGUGGCCCACAAUAUCAUUCUUGCCCAUGCCUCUGCUGUUCAUAUUUACAGAAAUAAGUAUCAGGAAGUGCAAGGAGGUGAAAUAGGAAUCGCAAUGCUUUUCUACUGGUAUGAACCAAUACGCAACUCCACAGCAGACAAAGCAGCAUCUGAAAGAGGUCAAUCCUUCUUUUCCCAGUGGUUCUUACAUCCGAUUAUAUACGGAACAUAUCCAAAAGAAAUGAAGGAUAUGUUGGGGCCACUUUUACCAGAAUUUUCACGCCAUGACUUGGUAAAGCUGAAAAGUGGGUUAGAUUUUAUCGGGGUCAACCAUUACACGACUUAUUACGUCCAAGAUUGCAUUGCUUCUACUUGUGAAGCUUCUAUGAGGGGAAACACUUGGGAAGAAGGCUAUGUUGGGCAAACUACAUCAAAGGAUGGUGUCCCUAUUGGUGAACCGACAGGGUUGAGUUAUUUGUUUGUUUAUCCACAAGGAAUGGAGAAAGUAGUCACUUACGUGAAAGAAAGAUUCCCAAACAUACCACUUUAUGUAACAGAAAACGGUUAUUGUGAUACAACAAAUUCAAGUUCUGGUAUUAGAGAAAUUUUGAAUGAUACCGAGCGAGUGAAGUUCAUGAAAGAUUAUCUAUACAGCCUGGGAACUGCCAUUAGAAAAGGAGCGCAAGUGAGGGGAUAUUUUUUUUGGUCAUUGUUCGAUAACUUUGAGUGGACAUAUGGGUACACAAAGCGGCUUGGACUGUACCACGUUGACCGGGUCACAUUAAAGAGAACUCCAAAAUUAUCAGCAAACUGGUACAAACAAUUCAUUGCAGACAACUUGAGAGUUGGAAACAAAACUUUGAAGAGGAAUCAGUGAAAUGUGAAGACGUAAAGUCAUGGCUACUUAUUCACGGAGUUGGUGUAUGUGUCACGUGAACAAUAUGCACAAUUAUAAGUGUGUAAGUGUGUUAUCUGUUUCGUUAAAAUAAUACGGAGUAAGACAUACUCGUAUUUUAUUGAAGUUAUUAAAGUAUGAUCCUUUGUUCCCUUCAAAAAAGUAUUAUCCCUUGUUGUAAUAAUCUCCCGGCCUGAAUGGUCAAUUAAGCUGUCCUUAAGUGCUUGAUGACCAGGGUUGUAGCUCGUGAGGCAAUGUUUCAUAUGUUCAUCAAGACACUUCUUUAAUAGUGUUUACUUUCUUAAAAUGAUUGAACUAAAACAUAUAUGCAUUUACGGAUGGAUAUACU